AUGAAGGAUUACAAAGAGGGUGUAGUCUACUUCGGCGAUGACGACAACUCAUAUGACACACGAUUAUUCACUGACUACAUAAGAAAUGUUAAAAAGAUUGGAAUGUGGGCCGUGGGACUAUCCGGAGGAAGCCUCGUAGAGUCUCCGAGAGUUGUGAACAACACUGUGGUCGGGUACAAAGUAAAAUGGGGUACGAAACGAAAAUUUGCAGUUGACAUGGCAGGAUUUGCAAUCAAUCUUAACAUCGUGCUGAAUACAACCGCUGUUUUUGGAAAAUCAUGCCAAAGUGGGUUUGGAGCUCCAGAACCGUGUCUGCUAGAAGAUAUGGGUUUUUCUCAAAGCGAUAUCGAGCCGUUUGGACUAGAUGAAGAUGCAGCUAAACAUGAUGUUCUAGUAUGGCACACUAGGACGACACAACCGAAAUUCAAGAAACACCCGUCUGAUGCGUACGACGAUUUCGUCGUAGAAUUGUGA